UAAAAGCAGGACGACUCCUUUGACAGCUAAAGUUGUCCCCGGUGUGAAAAAGGAUUCUUUCUGCUCCCAACACACAUACGCGGCGCAACUCCUGCCUGUGUCCUGGCUGCUGAAUACGGGGCCCUUGAGGUGUCAGGGCAAGCAAGGAUCUUCUAACCCAGGGGAACAAAAUAUAAGACAUUACAGCAAAGACAUAGAAAAAUAAUCCUUAAAAAAAUUAAAAAGGGGAAAAAGAAGAAGAACUAACCCAAAGAAGAAAUUUAAGUUGCAAAAAAAAAAAAAAAAGGAGAGAGAAAUUUCCUCAGCAAGGUGUAUAUGGGACUUCAAUUACUGGGACUCUACUACAUUGUUUAAGGUGAACUAUGACCACUUUGCUCCUACUGUUCGCUUGUUUGCGAGUCAUCGCAGCGACAAUCUCCAUCGAGCUGUCAGACCCAGCUAGUGCACUGAGCGUGAGCAUCCCGGGGCAGUCUCCACUGCGCCCCCUGCUGGGCAGCUCGCUGGUCGUGCCCUGUUACUUCCUGGACAACACACCCCAUGACCCCAGCGACCCCAGCGCUGCCCCCCUCGCCCCCCGGAUCAAAUGGAGCCGGAUCUCCAAGGAAGGCGAGUCGGUCAUCCUGGUGGCCACAGAGGGGAAGGUGCGAGUCACCUCCGAGUACAUGGACAGGGUGACCAUGGUCAGCUACCCCCUGGUGCCCACCGACGCCACUCUGGAGAUCAGCGAGCUGCGUACCAGCGACUCGGGCAUCUACCGCUGCGAGGUGAUGCAUGGCAUCGAGGACAGCGAGGACACCGUCGACAUCCAGGUCAAAGGCAUUGUAUUCCACUACAGAGCUAUCUCAACUCGCUACACCCUGACCUUCGAGAAGGCCAAAAGUGCCUGCAUACAGAACAGCGCCACCAUCGCCACUCGUGAGCAACUGCAGGCAGCGUACGACGAUGGGUUCCAUCAGUGUGAUGCUGGUUGGCUCUCAGAUCAGACCGUCAGGUAUCCAAUUCACAGUCCACGAGAGGGUUGCUACGGUGACAAGGAUGAGUUCCCUGGUGUCCGAACGUAUGGAAUUCGGGAAAGUAAUGAGACGUAUGAUGUGUACUGCUUCGCAGAGGAGAUGUCAGGCAAGGUCUUCUACUCCACCUCCCCAGCUAAAUUCUCAUUCUCGGAAGCAGAGGAGCAGUGCAUUAAGCUGGGCGCCCAACUAGCCACCACUGGGCAGCUCUACCUGGCCUGGCAGACGGGCAUGGACGUGUGCAGCGCGGGCUGGCUGGCUGACCGAAGUGUCCGCUACCCCAUCUCUAUAGCCAGGCCAAACUGCGGGGGCAACCUGGUGGGUGUCCGAACCAUCUACCGCUACCUGAACCAGACUGGCUAUCCCUACCCAGACUCCCGCUAUGAGGCCAUCUGCUACCAAGAUGAACCAGUGGAAGCUGUCACCGCGGCGACAGACGGAUACCAGGCUACGGAAGCAGAGGAAGUGACCACAGAGUUUGGCAGUGGUCUGCUGACCGUUGAGACCUUCACUGAGGGCCCGGAGCUCUUCUUCACCCAGGUGACUUCGAAGGGGGAGCUCCAAGGAGAGGUGGUCACACUGGAGCCUGUCGACCUGACUGGUACUCCCACGGUGGAGCCCUUCACUGCCACUGAGGUCAUCGAGGGAUUCCCCCCCUCUGUCACCAUGGACUUCAUCUUUCCUGGAGACAACGUCACGGAUCUUCCCUUGUCUCCACCCCCUGGCAUCACCGAAGAGAUCCUGACCCCAGAGGCAGCUACGGCAGAACUCACCGGCACCCCAGGGUUCCUGGUGGAGGAGCUGAUCAGCAGGGUCACUGCCGCCCCUGAAAUCGCCUUUCCUUUGGUAACAGAAGGAGCCGAAAAUGCCACAGAUGUGCAGGAGGAAGGCAGCGCCCUGACCACAGAGCUGCCACCCACUCCCCUCCCCCUGACAGGUUUGGUGUUCCACUACAGGGCGAUGUCCAGCCGCUACUCUCUCACCUUUGCCCAGGCUCAGCAGGCAUGUCUGGAAAACGGUGCCGUCAUCGCCAGUCCGCAGCAUCUCCAGGCCGCUUACGAGAGUGGCUUCAACCAGUGCGACGCAGGCUGGCUCUCCGACCAGUCCGUCAGGUAUCCAAUCGUCACUCCACGAGACAACUGCUACGGUGAUAUGAACGGGUUCCCUGGUGUAAGGAACUAUGGUGUGCGUCCAGCCAGCGAGCAAUACGACGUGUACUGUUACAUCGACAAGCUCAGGGGUGAGGUUUUCCACGCAAGCUCAGUCGAGCGCUUCACGCUUGAAGAGGCCUUGUCAUAUUGCCUUGACCGGAACGCGACCCUCGCCACCAGUGGAGAGCUGUACGCCGCGUGGAAGCAGGGUCUGGACAAGUGCCGCGCAGGUUGGCUGCUUGACGGCAGCGUGCGGUAUCCCAUCACCACCCCCAGGCCCCUCUGUGGUGGGGGGAAAACUGGCGUUAUCACCGUCUACCGGUUCCCCAACCAAACAGGCUACCCUGAGUCACAGUCCAAGUAUGACGCCUACUGCUUCCGAGCCGCUGAGGAGGAAGCUGUAACUGCAUUCCCAGAGUUGGAGAAGGUGACCAGACUGACCCUUGAGGUGGAGCCACCACUCACCCCCACAGGGCUGGGGGAGUACCCUGUCACUGGCAUGCCCCCUUAUGAAGAUGAGCUAUUCACAGGCACAGAGGACAUGUUGCAGACAGUGAACGUCACGGCCAUUCCCUUGAUCACUGUCCCACCCGAGGACAUCAGUGGCUCUGCGUCCAGCGGGCUGCCAUCUGGAGGAAGCGCCAUUUCUUCAGGAGAUGAAUCAGGAGUCAUAUCUGGAGACAUAUCUGGAGACAUCUCAGGGGACGCCAGUGGCAGUGGAAUUCCAGAAGUUAGCGGGGAGGUCUCUGGAUUUUCAGGCACCAGUGGAUUGACCUCUGGGACCAGCGGUGAGGGGUCAGCUAUAGAUGUGACCCUGAUUGACUCUGAACAAUUUCAGUCUGGCCAGGGAUCCGGUGACUUCCAGGAAGCUGGACGGGAGAUUUCAGGAGAAACAUCUGGAUUCCCAUAUAUCAGCGGGCAAGGAUCAGGAGACUUAAGUGGGUUCCCUUCCGGGUUCCCUUCAGGGUUCCCUAGUGGGGACUUUUCUGGUAUCAACGGACUCUCGUCAGGGAUUCCAGACAUCAGCGGGUCCGGAGUGACAUUCAUUGAAGGAGGUUUUGUUGAGGUGAUACCCACACCACAGGUUGAGGAAGAAGCAGGAGCGGGAAGCCUGGAAGAAAGUGGCAUUUCAUCUGGUGAUGCCAGUGCAGAAUACAGUGGUCUGCCCUCUGGAAUUUAUGAUGCCAGUGCAGACUAUUCUGGGUUCCCUUCUGGGUUUCCAGACAUGAGUGGCGACAUUUCUGGAACCAGCGGACUUCCUUCUGGCUUUUCAGGUACCAGUGGGUAUUCAUCAGGUAUCAUCAUUUUGGAUGGAGAUUGGACUGAGAUUGAGACCAAGAUUCCAAAAAUCGAGAUUGAAGCAAGAGAAGAUGUGGAGGCCAGCGGUUUGCCUUCUGGAGAAUUUUCUGGAAUUUCUGGAAUAAGUGGGCUUCCAUUGGACACAAGUGGAGACGUGUCAGGUUUCCUGGACUUAAGUGGUGAGGGUUCAGGAAUACCAGACAUAAGUGGACUUUCAUCUGGAAUCCCGGAUUUUAGUGGUUUCACUUCCGGAAUUACAGAUCUUAGUGGACUUUCUUCUGGAUUCCCUGAAAUUACUAUGGUAGAUCCCGGAUUGGUGGAAUUAGUUCCCUCAACUACCAGCGUGGAGCAGGAGCUGGGUGGUGGGCCGUCCGUGCUUCUGGAAUUCAGUGGUCUGUCAUCUGGGGAUGUUUCAGGAGACUUUUCCGGAUUACCCUCUGGUAUAAGCGGGGACGUAUCUGGGAUGAUGAGUGGACUUCAUUCAGGGGAUCUGGACUUCAGCGGCUUACCCAGUGGAUUCCCCUCCGGAAUACCAGACAUCAGCGGAUUUGAAUCUGGAUUCCCAGAUGUGACCCUUGUAGACUCCAGCCUUGUCAAAGUGACAGAAAAGCCAGACGUUGAGCAAGAACUGGGAGAGGGUCCUUCUGGAUUUCUGGAUUUCGGAUCCGGAGAGCCAAGCGGGUUCUCUGGACUUCCAGAUAUCAGUGGAGCAUCAGGAAUCCCAGAUAUCAGUGGCCUUCCUUCCGGGGAGGUUUCAGGAAUCUCUGCCAGUGGAGAUGUAUCAGGGUUCACAGACAUCACCUUCCUUAUCCCGGAGGAGGUGAUAGAAGUGGCACCCAAGCCAACGGUAUCCCAGGAGCUGGGCAAGGGGCCCCUGGAAGCAAGUGGAGAAUCAUCUGGGAUACCUCUAGCAAGUGGGGAGCCAUCAGGAGCCCCAGACAUUAGUGGAGAAGUUUCUGGAAUAGCUUCCAGAGAUUUACCUGCAGUAAUUCUGAGCUCAGGCUCCUCAGACCAGCAACUUACAAGCAGUACUGGUGGUCCACAGGAGACACUCUCAGAAACAGAACAGGCCAUUCCUGAAGUACUCGUCACUCCACCUGCACCCAUUGCACUGACCACUGCCCCGGCAGUGAUAUCCAUAGAGACACCAUCAGUUCUAGAGGAGACAGUCUUGGAAGAUAUUCCCGACCCCUGUGUUCCAAAUCCGUGUGGCACAGGAACAUGUGCAGCUCAAGACGGGAUCGCAUUCUGCCGGUGCCCGCCAGGACUGACCGGAGACGACUGCCAGAUGGACAUUGAUGAGUGCUACUCGGGCCCCUGCGUGAAUGGAGCUUCCUGCAUCGAUGGCAUCGACUCUUACAAAUGCUUAUGCCUUCCCAGCUACGGAGGGGACCGCUGUGAGAAGGACUUGGAGACCUGUGAGGAAGGCUGGAUGAAGUUCCAGGGAAACUGCUACCGCCACUUCCCUGAGCGGGAGACCUGGGUGGAUGCAGAGCGCCGGUGCAGAGAGAUCAGCUCCCAUCUAGUGAGCAUCAUGACCCCUGAGGAGCAGGACUAUGUGAACAACAACGCGCAGGACUACCAGUGGAUUGGACUGAAUGACAGGACGCUGGAACACGACUUUCGCUGGUCCGACGGACACCCCCUGCAAUAUGAGAACUGGAGGCCUAACCAACCGGAUAACUACUUCAGUGCCGGAGAGGAUUGUGUGGUGAUGAUCUGGCAUGAGAACGGGCAGUGGAACGAUGUGCCCUGCAACUACCACCUUCCCUUCACGUGCAAGAAGGGCACCAUGUCUUGUGGAUCCCCUCCACUGGUAGAAAACGCCAGAAUGUUUGGAAAGAGGAGAGACCGUUACGAAGUGAACUCAAUAAUCCGGUACCAGUGCAACCACGGGUUUACACAGCGCCACCUGCCUGUGAUCCGCUGCAAGGCAGAUGGAGAGUGGGAGCAGCCUCGCGUGGAGUGUAUAGAGACCACCGUCUACAGCCGCAGACUGCACAAGAGAUCCAACAGGAGUCGAUUGAGACAAGCCGGCAGAUCUUGGGGAAAACUCAGAUAAAAAGGGAAAGGGGAGAUUUAUAAAGAAGAAAGAUUUUUAAAAAGAUAAUUAUUUUAAAGAACAUUUAUAUAAAAAAAGAGAGUCAUUUUUCUGUCUGAAAAAAAAAUAGAUUAUAAAAUAAGAACCACCCAUCUUGUAUAUACAAACACCAAAGCAAGCUAGGCUUGAAUCUGUAGAGUCCAUGUGGCUAAUAAUGUAUUGGUUUCCAAGUCUCACUCGGUGCCUGUUAUUCUGGGGGGUGGGGUAGGGGGUGUAAGAUAACAAGAUUUUAAUUUCUUUUUUUAUGUUGUGCCAAACACAUUGUAAUAUUUGUAUUAUUAUUUGUACUCUUAUUUCUUAUUAUUUUAAAGACAUCAGACCAAGCAGUGUAUUUGUAAGGACUUUAACCAAUCAGCGAGCUGGGAUAUGGACCGUAUUUUCAGGCAAUCUGCAAGGGCAACCCAGAGGCCCCAUCCCCAGCCAUAUUGAAAUGUGCCCCUGACAGUGCAGAUGAAAACAUCAGUACUUGUAAUUAAAAUAGCUCUGAUUUCCAGAGGCUUCAAAGCAAUUAUAGCAAGUUUACUCAAGAAUGAUAAGAAAUAUUUUACCCAGAGUGGUUAGUAUGAUUUACAAAUUCCCAUCCCAAAGCUCCCACAAAAGCCCAAGAUUCUCAGUUCUUCAGUUCUGACAGUGUAGGCAUAGUCAGCAACCUGGUAAUAAUUGUAGUAUAAGAGGAUCUUAGAGCCAGCAUAUACAGUACACCAAACUCACUGUACUGUAGGGAUCUGAGAGCCAGCACAUUCAGUACAUAGGAGGGAACUCAGUACUGUGGAUCAGAGAGCAGCACAUUCAAUACAGAGCACACAUGGGUUUACAUUCCACUGACAAUUCUUGGUAUUUCUAGACAGGUAGGUCUAUCAAAUGUGAAUCUAGACUUAUUUAUUGAACCUUGUUGCAGUAGCUCCAGUCCUGAACUGGCGCAGCAUCCUGCAGUUUGGUCAGCCUGGCACACUCCACUAUGGGUGAGGGGCUGGGGGGGGGGGCAAGCUCCACACAUUUUCUCCUGCCAGUUCUAGUCUGUUCUUCCCCAGAGACCGUGCAGUGCAUGGCGUCUCUCCGAGGAUCGUUUCUGUAGUGAAAAUCUGCCCUAAGCAACUGUCCAAAGUUUUUUUUUUUUUUUUUUUGUGGUUUGCUCAAAAAAACCUCUCCUCAUCUCUUUAAAAACACUCCGAACUGUACAGAAUGGAUCAGUUCAAUAACUGAGUUCAAAACUCAUUUUUCUCAUUUUGAACGUGCGUUGUUUAAGGUAGAGAACGCUGCACACAAGGUGGCGCAACCCACAAUUGGGUGACCUAUUUUAAACAGUUUAGUACGUAGGGUUGUAUAUCAAAUCAUUUCCUUUUUCAAUCAUGGUUUAAAUGUUUCAGUGUGAAGGGGGGACCAACAUCCAGAUUGGCUCGUUUCUGGAGGAGUAUUUUAUAGCUGCGCACUGAGGCAAAAUGACACCAGAGUGAGAAGGAAACCAAACCAGAGGUGGUCCGGACAACAGCAGCUGCAAUCUACAUGUAUUAACAUUCCUGACAAGGGGUUGCUACCGUAUGAAGCAUCCCUGCCUGAAAUCCCACAGCCCUCACAAGGCUACAGUGCUGUAUGUAGAUGCAGUAUUUUAUUCAAAUGAAUGAACUAUAAACAAGAAUGCUAAAACUAGACAGUCAGCAUGAUUUUCUAUAUUCAAAGAGAAAAAAAACUGGACACAGUUGCUUUUAAAGAACAAAGUUGUGUGGUUGUUUUGUUUUUUUGUUUUUUUUUUAAAUGCCAGUGAUAUCCAACAGCACUCUGCAGCAUGCAAAUGUAUCCCAGACUUAAAAAGAACAAGAAAUGAUUAUUUUUGAAUUCUUUGUAUUUGCUCAGACAUCAUGGAGAAUACAAAAUAAAACUAUCUAUAUUGUAUUAUUAGUGGGACUGGGGCUCUGUGUGUGUGUGUGCGUGAGUUUGUAAUGCAGGCUGUGUGUGUGUGUGCAUGUGCCUGUGUCUGUGUGAGACACCCUGCUCGUGUCAAGCUGUUGUGUGCCUGCAUGCGUUUGCACACUUUAGUGUCUGUCUGCAUGCAAGUGUGCGAGAGAGCUACAAGGCUUUUUAUUUUAGGACUCACAGACCACAAAGGCUUCCAAUUUCAUGCGUUAGAAUUAAAAUUAGUUUUAUUCUUUUACCAGACUAAAUGGCUUAAAUGAAAACACGAGGACAAAUACAACUUUGAACAUGUAAUCAACAUGUAUUUCAAGCAAACAGUAUUAUUAGCUGUAAUUUCAGUUCAUAAAGUAAUUAUUGGCACGUAAUCAGCUUAAACCAAUCACAGAACAAGCAGGUUUUUGUUUUUUGGGUUUUUUUUGGGUGGGGGGGGGAGCGGAGGUUUAAUGGUGUGAGGUAGUUUUGAGUAAAUAUAAGGAUGUGUUUUGCGUAAUCAUCAUAAAACGACAGGCGUUUCUUUGUUCUGCACUGGGGAGAAGCAGACCUCAUCCCUGGACUCAAUGGAGUGUCUAUGAGAGGGCUUGCUGUUCUCAAACACACAACCUGCCUUAUUUUUCUGACAUUUCACCUUUCUAGCCCAGAGAUCCUCCUCACACCAAACACUCACCCGCUCUUCAUACUGUAUCAUUUACACAGGGGACCCCUAGUGGAUUCAGUGGUCAUUACAUGGAAGUCUUAUUUAUUAUUCUGGUGUGCUCCAUUUCUUAAAGGGGAUAACUGCAAGUAGCAGGUUGGCAUCAUGUUUAACAAGAGACCCAGUAGGUGUUUGAACCAAUCACAUCAGUUUCUUAACACAGCGCCCCACUGUGGCCGGGACUGAUCAGCGCAGGGUGGACGUGGCUUGCACUGAACGCAGUACUGUAUGUGCUUUAUUCUUUUACAAUAUUUAAAAAAAUAACCAAACUGAGUAUUAACAGCAUAAUCUAGCUUAAAAAAAAAAGAUGAUUACAUUUUACUUGCUGCUUUAUUUUCUCAUUUCGACGUGUGUGUGUAAAAUUAAUAAUAAUGAUAAUUCUCUUUGAGUUAUUGUUGGGUUAUUUUGAUCUUGUUUCUCUGUCCUGCCUCGCUUGUCAUCAAAACAAAUCCAAUAUUUUGCUAGUUUGAGUUUAUAGGUAGUUGUAAGAUUAAGUCAAGAAGGAUAUUAUUGUCUUUUAAAAUGUAUAUUUUCUUUAACAUUAUUUUUGAUGCAUUUUGUUUUAUUUUUGAUUCAUGUAUAUAUAUAUAUAUAUAUAUAUAUAUAUAUAUAUAUAUAUAUAUAUAUAUAUAUAUAUAUACUCGGAUUCCACCUGAAAUUUGGAUUGAUCCUGCGUGUACCAUAGAACACCAUUGCUAUAUUACUUGAACAUAUAGAUAUGUAACUGUAUACACUGUAUUUCUAGGGUUUCAAUUAUAUUUCUCGUUUUGAUGACAGCAUUUGGUAGCUUUCUUGUAGCACAGUUACAGUAGUUCUGUACAGUAGAAGGUCAUGUUUCUGUAAAGGAAUGUUGCUCUUUUGCUUUUAUCAAACUAUUUUCAUUAAACUGAAGGAGAUGUUG